AUGGCAAGGAGAGGAUGUAGGGGCGGUGGAAAGGGGCCACUCUUAGGAGAGCUUUGCCGCCGCAUUGUGUCAUGGGAGAAAUCGUUGACCGCCUCCGUUGAAGAAAUCGUCAACCACCUCUUAUCUUAUCGUGACUAUUCCAAUCAAAAACUGCAGCCGUUCACCAGCCAAGUACAAAAUAUUCUCCAACAGCUGAAACAUAACCCGCAAGCUAUCGAAGAGGAAACGCCUCCGAGAAAGAAGCUAAACACAGACAGUAGCAAGCGGCGUUUGCAGCUCCUUGAGGCCAAGCACAUAACGAACCGCCAAAGAAAUAAGAAUGACGGCGAUGGAGAGUCGUCAACUCUUACGAGCACCUCUGAAAGCAGUGACUCUCACUCUUCUUCUGAGAAUACAGAGCCUUCGUUGUCUUCCGAUUCUAUUUACGGAGAAGAGCCCGACUUAAUGCGAGUUAUGCUUCAAAAUUCUUAUAAUCAGCAGAAAAAUAGCACUCCCAAGUCAAAAAAGAUUGAAUCCAAGGUGAUUCACGACAACAAUGGUGAAAAGGGGGAGAAGAUUCAUAUGUUGAAAGGAGGACAACAAAGAAGGGAUUUGCCAAAGCUAGGAGGAGGAGAUGGAGAAAUAAUUACAGAUAGUGAUGCAAAUGGUGGGCCCACAUUUAAGGAUUUAGGCGGAAUGGGUGCGGUGUUGGAGGAAUUGAAGAUAGCGGUUAUUGUUCCACUGUUCUAUCCUCACCUGAUUAGGCAUCUCGGUGUUAGACCCAUGACAGGAAUACUCUUCCACGGGCCACCGGGAUGUGGGAAAACAAAGCUAGCUCAUGCUAUUGCCAAUGAGACUCGAGUUCUUGUUAUUUCCCGCAAUAUAGUCGAGUAUCCAGAAUUUGUAUAUUACAACACCAACUUCAACUUGAGUUCAAGUCGACCAAAAGUCACUCUUUUGUGUUUGGGGUGGGGUGUCCUCUAUUUCAGCUGCAUCAAAGUAAAAAUAAGGGAACUGUUCUCAAAAGCAUACAAGACAACACCGUCUAUUGUGUUUAUUGAUGAGAUUGAUACAAUUGCUUCCAAAAGAGAAAAUUUAGAGAGAGAAAUGGAGCGGCGCAUAGCAACACAACUAAUGACGUGCAUGGAUGAGUCACAUAGACUUGUAAAACCUGAUGAUAAUGGAAAUAAAACUACUCUACCUACUGAUAAAAGAAAUAGUGAAGCAAAAUCAGAUGGUGAGCCUGGUUAUGUCCUAGUAAUUGGGGCCACAAAUAGACCUGAUGCUAUUGACCCAGCAUUGAGGAGGCCGGGCCGAUUUGAUCGUGAAAUCGCCUUGGGUAUUCCAGAUGAAAAUGCAAGGGUGCAAAUUUUGUCUGUGCUUACUCAUAACCUAAGAAUCGAAGGUGCAUUUGAUCUCAUGAAGAUAGCUAGAUCAACCCGAGGAUUUUUUGGAGCAGACUUGGCUUCUCUAACUACCACGGCAGGUAACUUGGCAAUUAAAAGGAUAGUAGACGUGAGGAAGGUUGAGCUAACAAGAGGAUUGGUAGAUGGUGAUGAUGUCAAAGAAUGGUGGAGAAAGCCAUGGUCACCUGAAGAGAUGAAAAAGCUCUGCAUUAACAUGGCAGAUUUUGAGGAAGCUGCUAAAUUGGUUCAACCCUCAUCAAGAAAAGAAGGCUUCUCCAUUAUACCAAAUGUAAAGUGGGAAGAUGUUGGAGGCCUUGAUUUGUUAAGACAUGAAUUUGACCGUUACAUUAUCAGGCGUAUAAAGAAUCCUAAAGAUUACAUGGUCAGUAAUUCUCUUUAAUACUUUGAUAUGCUUUUCCUUGACCAGAGGGUCUAUCGGAAACAACCUCUAUCUCCCAAGGUAGGGUUAAGGUGUGCUCCACUUGUAGGAUUACACUGGAUAUGUUGUUGUUAAUUCUCUUAAAUUAUCAUGAAUAUGCAGAUAUAAGUACCGCACUGGUGUGUCAGCUGAUUGGCUUGAUUAAUUUUAGACCUCCUUAAGUUGAGGUCAUGGGUUCAACCCUUGGUACAGCCUCUUGCAGAAAUAUAAGGUAAAAUUGUGUACAAUAGACCCCUGUGGUCAGGAUCUUCCCCGGACCCUGCGCAUAGCGGGAGCUUUAGUGCACCGGACUGCCCUUUUUGUCAAAGUUAUUUUUUUUUCCUCCCACUCUAUCUCAUGUUGGGUGCUUUUAUUUAUUUAUUUAUUCCAUCCUCUUUUCUUUGGGCAUUUAUCUUUCUUUGCCCAGUUUUAUACUGUCUAUUUAUUCCAUUGCAGAGGAUCUUAAAUUAUCAAUGUUAAGGUGUAGUUUUAUUGCCAUCUUUAUUCAACUUGUUUUUGUGGCAUGGAGAAUAGCAGAGUUGUCCUGCUACAUGAACUUUUUGAGUAGUGAAGAACUUUCCAUCAUCUUCUCCCACUCUCCUGAAAAGGCUGUGUAUUUUUCGGUGUGAUCAUUUGUACUCAUUCCUAAUUAUAUAAUUGUGUCCUUGGUCCUACUAGUGCACCCAACUUUGUCAUAACUGGAGUUGUGUUCCGGGAACACUGGUGACACCAAAACUCUCCAAGAAAACAACACAAACAUCAAAAUCAGUCCACUAGUUCAAUAACUAUGGACCCUUUUGAGGACCUAUCUCGGAUUCGCAAGAAGAACAAGAAAGGAAGUGAUAUUAAGAGUAAAACACACUAAAAAAAUAGCAACAACACGUGAUGAACAAGAUGAACACAAGAACACAACUUUCGGAUUCAACAAGACACAAAAAACAGUCCACUACAAACAUACAAAGUGCAAUAAAAUUAAGAUAGAUAUAUAGACAAAUGAAGAUGUAAUAUUAAUAACCCAAAAGCUUAUUCCACUUUUGGACCUUUAAUAUCACACACAACCUAAACCUAUCUCUUACGUGACCUCAAGCGAAUCGAAAUCCCUAAGCAAUCUCCGCUUCUAAGCGAUUCAUCAACACAAGGAUUCCACCUUAAUAAGAGGCUACAAAUAUCAUCAAAAAUCUUUCGUAAAAUAACCUAAUAAGGUUAUAUUUAUAGCUAGGGCAACUUAUUACAAAUAACCAAAAAACCCUUGCAAAGGGGUGGAUGAACAGUGAUGGAUGAACAGUAACACUUUGGAGUGUGGGACUUGUUCUCUACACUUCAAAGCUUGUUCCUUGGAUGGACAGCCCCACGAGCUCGGGUCUUCACUCACGUCUUCAUGUCCUCGAGUGCUAAGAUGUCUCUUUGACACGUAUCAACUGGUUACUUGGUUGUAGGGAUCCACUAAAAUGCUUGCCCUUUGACUCUAAAAAUCUUGCAUUUCCUUUAGCAAGCAUCCUUAUAUAUGCUCAUGCUAAUAUUCUCUUUAUCCAUUUAUCGAGAAAUGGCCCAAGUUUUUCCUUCAAUGUGAGAACUGUGUCCAUCUUUGUGGGGGCUUUUGGCCAAUAUUAUCCCUCAUCAUUUUCUUCCUCAAAAGGAACUCAAAUUGUUUGUUAAUUUUUUUUAUGAGCACACUAAGGUAUAAAUCUUCUGAAAGUAAUUAGAUAUUCAGGGUUUUGGAGUGGACUUGGAAACAGGAUUCUUGCUUUAUGGUCCUCCAGGAUGUGGUAAAACAUUAAUUGCGAAGGGUGUUGCUAAUGAAGCUGGAGCAAAUUUUAUACACAUUAAGGGACCUGAGAUUCUGAACUGCUUAGUUGGUGAAAGUGAGUUAUCUAUUCGGAAAAUAUUUGACCGUGCAAGAACGUACAUGUUCUCCAUGCAUUGUAUUCUUCGAUGAGGUGCUUUCACUCCUUCCAACUUACACACUCUUAGUUCUGUCUAAUAGACGUCAUCUGUUCAUACCUGUGACUUUUUCCACCUUCAAAAGCACUGCAGAAACUUCUACUCAUUUUUAUUUCCUUUGAAAAUUUACGUGCACUUGUAAGAUGCUUGCUACAGAGUCUAAUACAAAGUAUAAUGUUCAGAUAGGAGAGUAUAGUGUUCAGAUAGGAGUGAAUGUUUUAUAGUGUUGCUUCAGUACCCUAAAUUUUUAGUAAUAGAAUAAGAUAAAAAUAGAAAGUUCCAGAAUUCUAGUGCACGUAAAAGAUAUACUGGUGCCACACAGUUUAAUGCAUAGUACAGUGUUCAUACAUGAGUACUAAGUUUUCUAGUGAUAGUUUUAUUAAGUGAAAAAUAAUACUCCAUAGAAAGAAAACAAUCGACCUUUUGUGAAAAACACAUGAUUGUCAACCCUUUUUUUGUUAUGUUACAUUUCGUUUUUUGUUUACUGGAUCCCAUCACAACUCCGAAGUUGAGUGUGCUUGGGCAAGAGUAGUACUAGGAUGGGUGACCACCGGGGAAGUCCUAGUGUUGCAUCUCUCCACUGUGAAGGGGAGCCUUGAAGUAACUGGUAAAGUUGCUGCCAUUUGACAUGGAGGUCACUGAUUCAGGCUUUGGAAACAGCCUCUGCCAAAUGUAAGGUAAGACUGCGUAUAAUAGAUCGUUGUGGUUGGGUCUUUCCCGAACCCUGUGCAAGUGGAAGCUUUAGUGCACCGGCUGCCCAUUUUACAUUUCUUUUUAUCUUUUCAUGUUUUUUUUACAGGUGGAUUCAUUGACAACUGAGCGUGAUAAGAAUGCAGCAAGUUGGGUUAUUGAAACGCUUUUGAAUCAGAUACUAAUAGAACUAGACGGUGCUGAUCAGAGAAAAGGCCUGGAGUCAUGGAUAAAGCUAUUCUUCGACCUGGAAGGUUAGGGAGACUCCUAUAUCUCCCUCUACCUAGUCCAGACGAGCGUGGACUGAUUUUAAAAGCUCUUGCCCGGAAAAAACCUAUAGAUUCUAGUGUCGACUUGGUGGCAAUUGGAAGAGAUGAUGCCUGUAAAAAAUUUAGUGGAGCGGCCCUUGCAGCACUGGUUUGUACAACUUUUGUUCUGAGCACUUGUUUUACCUGCCUUUACUUACCACCACUCCCAAGCCCCCACCCCCACCCCCCACGCACCCCACUAAAACCCAAAAAAAACUGAAAGCGAUGGAACUUGUCACAUAUAUUUUUUUAUCAUUGGUACUUUUAUCAAAGGUGUGUUUCCUUUACUGGCUUUUACUAAUUGCUUAAAUGUGGUAGAUGAAUGAAGUUGCAAUGAUUGCACUUAAGAUAAAUUGAUGGCCAUAGAUACAGGUUUUGGUGACACAUCAUCAACUAUCAAGGAGUCACAUUUCAAACAGGCUUUGAAGAAAAUUUCUCCGUCGGUCUCUGAUGAGGUACAGCUGAUUUGCUGACCCGGUAUUAUUCACAUUCAGCGCAUUUAUGAUUGUGUGCUAAAUCCUACCGUGGUCUCUUAUUAUACUUUUAUUUUUUUCAAUGCCGCAAAUAGAACUCUAAUGAAAGUUUUAGAGCAGAAUGAAAGCCUUGGUGACGAAGUGGAAAGAAGGUGCUUAGGGUGGUGCUCAUAUAUCUCCAAUUCUAGCCAUGUGGGAAAGUUGCAUGAGAAAUAUUUUGGAUAUUGCAGUUGUUGUGAAUAUGCUUGAGCUAUAGUCGUGAGCAAACUGAGUGUUGGAGAGGCAAAGUGGAAACGCUUUGAUCUUUUUUUUUUUAUUUUUUUAUCGGAAAAAAGCCGAAAAUACUAUUCAAGUAUUGAAAUUUGUUCAAAAAUAUCCUCAGUUAAUCUAUUGGGU